AUGGAUUUCAAUCAUUUCUCUUCAGAAUCAGAGUUCAGAAUUUUUAUUAACAAUGAAGAAGAAAUCGAAGAAAUGGCAGCAGCAAAAGCGAUAAUGGAACUGCAUGAUGAAAUACGAGAAUUACAAGCAACACACAAGGAAGAGCUUGCUUCCACACGCACUCAAGAUCAAGAAACACACGCCCAAGAGCUUGUUUUAAUGGAAACAAAGCAUACGGAAGUGCAAGCAAAGCACACAAAAGAGCUUGCUUUAAUGUAA